AAGUUCAAGCAGGGUUAUAUGUGGAGGUAUGACUUUGACAUUUCAUUCGUUUUCUUUUGUGUAUUUGUAUGUAUUUACAAUUGUAUAUCAUUUGUUUUGUGAUCGACACAAUUCAAAUUGCACACACAAGAGUGAGAAAAAAAAACACAACGAGAGGAAUAAAUCUAUGAAAACAGUGAACGAUAAAAGGCAUAAAGUAACCGAAACUCAAACGAAACUCAAACGAAACGACUGAAAUUUUGUUAGUUUAAAAUAACGACUACAAUAAUAGUGCAGUAACAAUGUCGACGGAGUCAGAAAUCGAAUUGCUGGAGCGGGUGCUGUUUCGUCUGGGAACGACUGAAACGGAUGAACAACUUGAAAUUGCGGUCAAUAAAUUUCUAACGCCGGUUUUGCUCAAAAUCACAUCGCCAAAUGAGUCGGUGCGAUGCAAGGUGAUGGAAGUUUUGACGCACGUCAAUAAACGAUUGAAGUCUCGGCCAUUGGUGCAGCUACCUGUUGAAGCCUUGCUGCAGCAAUAUCAAACCACCGAUUCGCAGUUUUUGCACAAUUUUUCGAUAAUUUAUAUAACGAUGGGAUUUCCGCGGCUUAGCCAAGAUGAACAAGUUAAACUGGCACCGUUUGUAUUGAACUGUUUGGAGGGAAAGCCCGAAAAUCAUCAGGAUAAGUUAUUGAUGUUAGUUUUACCAUUGCUCGAGUCAAUUGAAAUACCGAAAGAUCCGGAAAAACGAAGCUCACUGCUUGGCCUUGGCGAUAAACCAUCAACUAAAAAGCAAUUUCUAGCAAUGUUACAAGAUGUACUCCUACUGCCGUACGGUGUCACUUCGGAUGGCGAGGUGCCGGCCGGCAUGAGCUCAUAUGCUUUCAAACGUGUCAUCGCCAAUGGGUGGAAAGCCGAAGAAUUGGAGAAUCUGAAGAAGGGCAUCUGUCGAUUUUUGUGCAGUGGCGUCUUUUGCGAUCAAGACAUUCUCACGCUAUUGGUUUUGGCUUCGGCUGAUACACGAUUCAGCGUUGCAACGCCAGCCAUUGCCGAACUUAGUAAAAUAAAUUCGUCGGUCGAUUGGUCCGAUGCCGAAAAAACUGCACCAUUGUACACAUUGUUUUUGGGCAAUGGUUUGAAGAAUGCCGAACGCAAAACGUCUGCGUGCAGUGCACGUGUGCGUCAGAAGCUAUUGCAGUAUUUGUUGAAGAGCCGAGGCAAGGGUAUCAACACGGUUCGUGGCAUUCAAGUCAUUUUCGAAGCACUUUUUGGAGAGAAUAACAACCAAAAAUGCAAAGUGCUUGCACUGCAAUUCGCGAAGAACUUGAUCAGAGAUGGUCCAAAGGACUUGAUCGACAAAAUCUCCAAGGUAAUUUUAUCCGGUGUUUCAAAAUUAAUCGGAGUUGAAUCAACUGAACCGGCCGAUAUUCAAAAUGCUGCGUAUUGUGCCAUGGCUCAAUUGGCACGAAAAUGCCCCGACAUUGUCAAUAAGGAUUUGCAAUUGACCGUUGCCUACUUUAAUCACUUGACUCAAGCGCCAACUGAGUUGCACGAUUCCAUACGAGAGGCUUUGAUUGCCGUUGCACCGGCUUUUAAAUGGAAUAGUAACGCAGAUGAUGCAUCCAAAUGUACAUCGAGUGCCAGGGAUUUUAUGCCAAACUCAAAUCAAAAACUGCUCUUGGCCAUGCUGAGCGAACACGCUGAAUCGAAAUCGAUCAUCGUACAAAAUGUCACCUGCACAUUCUUAACAACAUGCUUUCCAGAACAUUUCGUGCCCGCACGAUAUUUGCUGCUUUUGAUCGCUGGCGAAAGGUCAUCGUUACGCGAAACAAUCACGCAGCAUUUGUACGGUGUAUCAAAGAAGGAUCACAUCAACUAUUUGUACAUAUCAACGAUUGAUGGUGUAUCGCGUAAAGAGAAUGAGUCGCUCGAAGUGAAUCAACUGUCAACCGAACAACGGCGCGUAGUCCUACCAUCAUUCAAGGAAUUGAUCAAUUAUGUCUACGAAAUGAACCAGAAGCGAUUGAGCAAUUCAUCAACACAACGUCAUGUUUACGGCCGAGCCACGCUCACUUAUUCUUAUGAAGUGUAUACAGAGAUUUUGGACUACUUACGAUUAUGUUUAUGGUAUUCAGCUGGCGUUCGAUCGAAUCCAAACAGCUCCAAAUUCGUAGCCAAGUUGAAUGCAUACAUUCAAAAAAACUAUGAAGCCAACGAAGAGAAUUUCCUUCAAAAGUAUUUGGUGUUGGUGAAACAGAUUUUGGUGGCGAAACGUGGAAAUGUCGAAUUGAUUUGCAUCUACGAUUUAUUAAAUGCCGAAUUGCAAACGAUGACCCAGCAAUGCUCCGAUUUGCAGGAGAGUUUUGCAUUAGCAUUGAAGGAUGUAUCGGAAUAUACUCGAAUUUUGGUGGCACAAAGCAUUGGAAUUCUGUGGGCCAUUGGAAGCUCAUUCGAUGAGUUUAAUGCAUACAUCAAAGAAGUCUUGAAUUCAUUAUCGCAACGUCAAAUUGAGCAUCGCCAUGGCAGUUUGUUGGCUCUAUCGCACGCUUUACAUCGUAAGAUUGAUUCAUGGCAAAAGUCGGGAACGCUCGAUGAGAAGGUGACAUCCAAUUGGGCGGAAUUGAAACAAGUCGUAAUUUUGUUAAUCGAUCAUUUGGCGGAUCAGCAGCCAUUGCUGGUGUCGGCUGCUAUCAAUGGUAUUUCCUUAAUUGGUUCGGUUAUCAAAUUACCAUUGCCCGAUCAAUCCGGCGACGCAGCUGCCGGCUCGUCGACAUCAUCCACUUCAACUUAUAAUGCUGACGAGCAAAUGGAUGUGGACGGCGAUGCAAAUGAGUAUAGCAAAGCAUUUGUGGCACAAAAAAUUCUAUUUUUAUUGAAGAGUGCUCAUUCACGGCCAAAGAUUCGAGAAGAAGCUGCACAUUGUAUUGGCCAUUUGGCCAUCGGUGACGGUGCCUACUUCACACAAGGAAAUCUGAACGCGUUCACCAAAAUGAUUAAAUUGACCAAGGAUGCAGCAUUGAAUAUAGCCAUCGCACAAAGUAUCGUGUUAACGGUGUUGGGUCAUGAAAUUCAUGAAGGCGAGGAAAUCAGUGAUGGUAAACCGAAUCCAUACUGCGAUGACAAGUGCUUCAACGAAUUUUUAAGCAGCAUCAUACAAAUGGUGGCCGAUCCAAAUCCAGCGUCUCGACACUCUACCGGCAUUUGGCUAUUGGCUCUCAUCAAGAACUGUUCAAAACGACCAUCGAUCUAUAAACGCAAGGACAUCCUUCAAUAUGCUUUCACCGAGCUAUUAUCUGACGAUAGUGAAUUUGUACAAGAUGUUGCAUCACGAGGACUUGGCUUAGUUUAUGAACUGUCCGAAGCGCAGAAUCAAGGUGAUUUGGCCAAUUCAUUGUUGAAUCAAUUACUGGGCGGAAAACGACAAGUCACACAAGUCACGGAAGAUACAAAACUGUUUGAAGAAGGAGUUUUGGGCAAAACGCCAACUGGUGGCAACAUAACAACGUACAAAGAACUCUGUAGUCUUGCGUCCGAUCUCAAUAAGCCGGAAAUGAUUUAUCAAUUCAUGCAGUUGGCCAAUCACAAUGCGGCAUGGAAUAGUAAGCUUGGUGCGGCAUUUGGUUUGAAAUCGAUUUCAAAAGGAGCCAAAGAUCAAAUGAAGCCAUUCUUGGAAAAGAUCGUGCCGCGUCUCUAUCGCUAUAAAUAUGAUCCGACGCCAAAAAUUCAGCACUCAAUGAUUUCGAUCUGGGAUUCGAUUGUAAGCGAUUCAAAGGAAACGGUGGAAACAUACUACUGGGCCAUUUUUGAUGAGUUGGUCACGAAUCUAACUGAUGUUGAAUGGCGUGUUCGAAUUGCAUGUUGUUUGGCUGUCCGUGACUUGAUCAAACGUUCGAAUGGCCUAAAAUUGAGAUACCAUGAUCGUGUUAUAUCAUCGGUGAAAGCGGGAGGUAGUGAAACGGAUAAUGCAAAAAUGGAUGUUGAUGAUGCCGAAAACUCAAAUCAUUCAUUGCAACUUGGCAACGAUGAAAUUCAAUGCAGCGAACCAGAUCUGCACAAACUCUGGACACAAUUAUUCCGUGUGAUGGACGAUGUGCACGAAGGCACCCGAUUAGCCGCCGAAGGCACAGCUAAGCAAUUGAGCAAAAUUUGCAUCGUUGCCGCAUCAACCAAUAACGGAAAAGCGGGUGAAAUCGUUGCGGCCACAGUGAUGCCAGUUCUUUUGAAUGUGGGAAUAACGCACACUGUGGCUGAAAUUCGUUCAUUGUCGAUGAAAACAUUGUCAGAAUUGAUAGACUCCUCUGGAUCGUUGCUAACGCCUCAUUUGCAGAUUUUAGUUCCAUGCUUGUUGAAAGCCACCGGUGAAUUGGAAGUACCGAAAUUGUCGUACAUGUCAAACCAAUUGGGUGGAAAUGCAGACGCACAAGAAAUGGUCGAUUCGGCUCGGGCUGAAGUGGCCAAACAGCAUCAUUCGACCGAAACACUUACCAAAUGCAUUCGAUACAUCAAUUACGAGUCAUUGGAAAAGAUGACACCGAAUAUCGUUGAACUGAUGAAAAUCGCCGUCAAUUUGGGCACGAAAAUUGCAUGCGCACAUUUUGUUUGCUUGGUUACCAUUCGAUUCCAAAAAGAAAUGCAACCGUUGGUCGGGAAGUACUUGAGUGCAUGUUUCAGUGGUCUAAAAGAUCGCAAUAAUAUCGUGCGCAAGUACUAUGCAUCGGCAAUGGGUCAUUUGAUCGGAAUUGCAAAGGAACAAUCUGUGAUCCGUUUAUUCACCAAAUUGACCGAAUUUUACUUUGAAAACCAAUCAAACAAGGGGAUUCCGCAGACAAUUUCAAGCGUAAACAAGCGUCAUCAAGAAAUGCUUAAGGAUUAUUCGGCUCACAUUUUGCCGUUAAUAUUCUUUGCGAUGCACGAGCAAGUGAACGAUGACAAUCGAACUAUAAUUGAAUCAUGGAAGGAGCUGUGGAUUGAUGUAAGUCCAGGUGAUGCUGGUAUUCGAAUGAAUCUUGAAUCGAUAAUGCCAAUGUUGGAGAAAUCUCUAGAAGAUUCAUCGUGGAGUAUCAAGGCACAAGGUGCGAAUGCAAUUAACACGAUUGCCACUCGCUUGGGUAAAAAUUUAGAUCAUGCCGAACGAAAUCGACUGAUAAACGCUUUGCUGCAAGCAGUCAGUGGUCGAACAUUUCAAGGAAAAGAGCGUUUGCUUGAAGCGUUGGCCAGCCUUUGUGAUGGUUUAAAGAAGGAUGAUUCACAAAUUCAUCAGCAAAUUAUUGAUGCCGUCAUGAAAGAGUGUAACAAAGAAGAGCCCAUCUAUCGAACGCAUGCACUCAAAGCCAUCGGUGAUGUAUUGGAGCAUUUGCAAGAGGAUCGAUUCGAGGAUUUAUACAACAUGAUUUGGUAUUUAAUUGAUAAAAAGGACUUGGCUUCAGUUACCGGUGAUGAUGAAGAAAAGAAUUUAUCGUCCGAUGAGCGAAACAAACGCGCAAUGAUUUUCAUCAAUUUGAAAGAAACCGUUUGCGAAACUCUCGGCAAAGCAUGGCCCGCCCAUUCGCUGGAAACGCAACAAAAGUACCAGCUGAUGUUUGUUGAACGAUGUGUUCAGUGCUUACAGAAUAACACACGGCCAGUUCAAUUGGCAUUGCUCGUUGCACUCGGAAAAUUCGUUGAACGAUUGAAGAUUCUGGAAACUUCAAAUAAAGCCAGCGUUGAGAGUGCACCAGAUAAGAAAUUCAAAAUCGAUGAGAAUGAAGGAAUUCUGGAUAAAAUCUGCAAAGAUAUUCUGUCUGCGGUGGUUUCGGUAUCAGGCAUUCCACACACUGGCUUGAAGAAAGAGGCGCUCAAUAUACUACUAACCCUUUCAAAUCGGCUGAUUGAAAAGCAGUCUGCACACGAAUUGGCUAUGUUGAAACGAACGUUUGACGAAAUUCUGGUGAAACUUCAACGUGACAACGCGCCUGAAAUUAAGAUUCGACUGAAGGAUAUCGAAGAUAAACUAAAGAAUGUCUAAAUUUAAACGAUUUUUUCGAUCCGCACGUGGACUGAAGUGAGAGUAAGACCAGACAGUGGGAUAUUCAUAUACUAAAAAAAUUUUGUAAAUCUCUCGCAAUUUGUAAUGAUUUCUUUUGUCAUUUGUAACAAUAAAAAUCAUAACAUGAAACUUAAUUUUAAUAAAAA